GGAAUGCGAGAGAGGUUCAGGGAGUUCCCGGAGUGGGGCGUAGAGGGAGCCACUGGUGGCGACCUUCCUAGGGUCCCUUUCCCUCCGUGGGGUGCUAUGGAGUUCCCAGAACACAGCCAGCAGCUGCUGCAGAGCCUCCGAGAGCAGCGGUCCCAGGGUUUCCUUUGUGACUGCACGGUGAUGGUGGGUAGCACCCAGUUCUUGGCCCAUCGGGCUGUGCUGGCCUCCUGCAGCCCAUUUUUCCAGCUUUUCUACAAAGAGCGGGAACUGGACAAGAGGGAUCUGGUGUGUAUCCACAACGAGAUUGUCACAGCUCCAGCCUUUGGGCUGCUUCUGGACUUUAUGUAUGCCGGCCAGCUGGUCCUGAGGGGGGAUACCCCUGUGGAGGAUGUGCUGGCAGCUGCCAGCUACUUGCACAUGAAUGAUAUUGUCAAGGUGUGUAAGCGGCGGCUGCAAGCCCGGGCCCUGGCGGAGGCGGAUAGUACCAAGAAGGAGGAAGAAACCAACUCACAGCACUCUAAUUUGGAGUUUUUGUCCAGCACUUCCCGUGGUCCCCAACCUUCUUUGGCAUCUGCAGAGACAUCAGGCCACUGGGGCAAAGGGGAAUGGAAAGGCUCAGCAGCUCCCUCACCUACUGUCUGUCCUCCAGAUGAGCCACCGAUGCCGGCUGGGGCUGAUACUACACAGCCUGGCGUGGAGGUUGACUCACCGCAUCUGCGGGCACCUCCUCCACCAGUGGCUGAUGUCUCUCUUGCCAGCCCCAGUAGCUCCACAGAAACCAACCCUGCAAACUACUUCUCUUCGGGCCUCCCAACGGUUUCAGUGGAUCCACUGGCUCCCCUUGAUGUGGUUUCUGAGAAUCUGAGGGUGGUGGAACCAAGGGGAACUGGAGGCCCACUGCAAGGCUUCUAUCCCCCAGCUUCGGCUGCAGUCCCAGUCCCAGCCCCAGUUCCAUCCCAGGCUCCAGCCCCAGCAGAAGCGGAGCUGGUCCAGGUGAAAGUAGAAGCUAUCGUGAUUUCCGAUGAAGAGCCCGAUGCCUCGGAGGAACAGCCUCGGGGUCCUGAGGGACUGUUCCCACCUGGAGGAGCAGUGUAUGGUGAACAGCCCCCCCAGCCAGAGGCCUUUGAAGAGCCAAGGGCAGCAGGACUGGAGGAGGUGGGGGCCAGUGACCACUUCCUGCCGCCAGAUCCUCACCUACCCUACCAUUUGCUGCCAGGUCCAGGGCAGUAUCAUCGAGGACUGGUGACCUCACCCCUGCCUGCUCCGCCCGCCCUGCACGAGCCACUCUACCUGCCUUCCGAGUAUGAAGCAGCCCCGGGAAGCUUUGGGGUUUUUACGGAGGAUGUUCCCACUUGCAAGACAUGCGGGAAGACCUUCUCAUGUUCUUACACACUACGGCGUCAUGCCACAGUGCACACGCGUGAGCGACCCUACGAGUGCCGCUACUGCCUGCGCAGCUACACGCAGUCAGGGGACCUGUACCGCCACAUCCGCAAGGCUCACAAUGAGGACCUGGCCAAACGCAGCAAACCGGAUCCAGAGGCUGGCCCCCUCCUGGGAGUGCAGCCCAUCCCUGGCUCCCCGACAGCAGACAGACAGAACAGCAGUGCUGGAGGGCCACCCAAAGAUUUUGUACUUGGCCCCAAAAACUAACACGCCCUGAUGCCAGGCCGGCUCUUGCCACCGUUAGGGGGCAGCACGGAAGGUGGGAAGCAUCUCAUUUCCCCUGCUGGGGACAGAAUGAAGAUUCUGCCCAGGCUGUAGGUUCCUACCCUUUUCUUUUCCCAGCCAGAUAGCAGGACUUUAUGGGGCAUCGCAUCUCAGUCAACUCCUCACCAAGGGCACUGGGAAUUUUCCUGAGGUGUAAUCGCUUCUCACUCUGCGUUUGGACCCAUAAAGCUAGCAGUGAAAAGUAUCUCUCUGAACUGGACUUGCCUGGUUUCUUCCACAAAACUGCACCCUGCUGAUUCUUUCACAGCUCUCCUCCAGACCUAGGAAUCUGAUAACUGUACUUGGGGUAGGGGUGGGGGUCAGGUUGUUUAUGAGGAAAAAAGUGGGAGAGGCAGAGGGCAGUGUAGACUUUACUUAGGAAAAGUGUACAAAUUAGGGAAUUUCACACAAUUAUGGUUUAUUGUUGUAGUUGAGCUCCUCCUGUGUCCCGGGCUGUACUGGGGACUUCACAUAAAUACUCAUUUAAUCCUCAACAAGUUUAUGAGGUAUUAUCCCUCUCCCCGCUUUUUUCCCCACAGACGAGGAAACUUGAGACUGAACAAUCAACGUUAACUUGUUCUGGGUCACAGAGCUAGUUAAGGGGCAAGCCAGAAUUUGAACCCUGGCUUAUGACUUCAGAUACCAUGCUGGUUUAAAACACUGUUGAAGAUGGUUAACUUUGAACUAGAAGUUGUUUUCUUUUGUGACCUUUUGAGUGUUUGGUUUUGUUGCCUUACCCCUUUCCCUCUGCUUUCCAUGUAGAAAGGCCUUUGAUUGACUGUUUCAACAACAGAUACCUUUUGAGUGUUUGGUUUUGUUGCCUUUUUUUUUGAGUGUUGCCUUACCCCUUUUGUUGCCUUACCCCUUUCCCUCUGCUUUCCAUGUAGAAAGGCCUUUGAUUGACCGUUUCAACAACAGAUACCGUAUUGAUGACUUGAAAUUUUUGCCUGCGUGUCUUAAAUGUGCAUUGAGGUCUCUGAAGAUGACAAACUGGAAGGCAGAAAACACUAAGCUCCACGGUGGUAGGCGUGUGGGGGCAGACUGAGGACUUGUGAAAUGGAAAUGAUGGGCGCUUGGGAAAACUAAAGCAAGAAACUCUAGAUGAGACAAUCUUAGAGUUCAUCUGGUCUAACUCCCUCACUUAAAAGUUGUGAUGACGGCCUAGACAGGUCAGAUUACUCAGGUACGGUCACACAGGUGGUUACUGACAGUAGAGAUAGCAAAGAAAUGGGAAUUUGGGGUGUUGGUGUGGCAUGGGGGGAAAAAGCAUUCUAGGAAUGUAAGAGAAGGGUCUGCCCCUGCCUGUGGUGAAGAGUGGUGUUUGUAGGAUGGACCAGAGGGCUCCCCACAAACUCUCUCUCUUUGGCACAUAAGGAACUGAAUGCAAAAAAAGCAGGAAGGAGUAUUUAGAAAAAGAUGAAAAUAUGAGUGAAUUUUCUGAAUUUCUUCUCUCUCUUUUUGGAUUUGUCACAUUCAGCCCUGUGAACUCGCACUAGCAAGCUGUUUUUGAGUCAUAGGAAGGAGACAGAGCUGAGCAUCAAAGAUUUGGCCAAAGAAAGCUCCUUACUUGGGGUAUGAUGGGAAGCAAAAGUUGACGCUUAACAUUUCCAUGGCUGAGAGACUGAAUUCUGUGCUUUUCAUUUUCCUUGUGUUGGAAUAAUCUUUUAUUUUUCAAAUGGCUAAUUUUAUUUAUGCAAAUACAUUACUGCCUUAACUCCUUGGUGAAACAAGGCAAGAUAUACAUACAUACAGUAAGAGCUAUUUUAGCUGACUGGAGCACCUUUUCCUGGAGUAAGUAUCACAUCAAAAUGCCUAUAAGAAUCAGUUGCCUUUAAAAGAGUGAAAUUUAAGGUAUGUGAAUUAUCUAUCAAUUUUUUAAAAAAGGAGGGGGGAAAAAAGAAAUCGGUUGCCUCAGAACAUCAGUUCCUAAAAGCAAGGCAUAAUAAAUAUGUGUACAUGUAUAUAUAGUAUAUAAUUUCUCUGGACCAUCUGGGGAACACAGGAACCUUGUUACUGUCUCGGCCAAGUGCAAUACUUAACUAAAGAGGAUGUGUUAACUUGGUGAGAUUCUCCUGAAGAGCAAGCAUUUGCCUUUAGUUCCCAGCAUGGAAUGCUUUCUUCAUUGGAGGUGGCAGCCAAGAAUUUGCAAGAUGUUUAAAGCAGCAGCCAACACAAUUACGGCCACAGUUGCCUCACUUUAUCUAUCUGCUGGACACCAAGAACAGUUUAGGCCUGUCUGUAGAGGUGUGAUCAAGAGAACUUUCUCUGGUUUCCACUACUCUUGACAGUCCCAUCCAUGGAUUCAACGAACCAUAGGCCAGCUCAUCUAACCUCUAGUCCAACACUGGAUCCUCCUUUUGCCAGGUGUUGAAAGAGAACUCACUAUUCCCAAAGGAAACAUAUUCUACUGUUGGACAACCCUAAUUGUUGGAUAAUUAUUCCUUCUACUGAGCCAAAAUCGGCCUCCUUUUAUGGUGGGAUGGGCCAGGUCCCAGGCUAUUAAGAGUUUAACCCUGAGAAGUUAUUUGCUUUUGAGCUACAAGCUGAUUUAGUUUUCAGACGACCACCCUUUGCUCUCCAGCUUUAGAGACCGCUUCCUAGUUUAGGAUUUCAUUUCUUAAUUGGUAUUUUGUAAGUGUAUGCCUUCACUUGCUCUUAGCUUCACAAAACUCACCAUUUUAGCCCUUCACAUUAGAUUUCACUUUCUCCAAAGCCAGUGUUUCCAAAGAUGGUUUACUUCAAUAUAUACUAAUACUUUUAUUUUUUUACUGUAAAAUACAUUUAUUUCUAUGGUUGAUUGGUUGUUUUGUUUUGGGGUUUUUUUGUGUGUUUUUUGGCAAAUGAUAUGCAGUGCUCUAAAGUCCCCUCCCCAAUUUUAUCAGUAAGCAAUUUCAGCAUGCACCUCUAAAAGAACUCUUAAAAAGACCAAAUACCAUGAUCACACCCAGCAAAACUGUUAAUAAUUCUUGUUCAAAUUUCCCUGAUUGUCUCGUAAACUUUUAGUUGUUUUUUCAAAUCAGAAUCCAAAUUCCAAGGGUUUUAGGAGAUCUGUGCCAGGAGCUGGGAAGAGACCAAUAUAUAUAUUUUUUCUUAUUUCACACACAGUCUCAUAAAAACUUUUAGUUGUUUUCUUCUAAUAGAGUCACAUUUAUUUGGUUGGUGGCUCUUAAACUUCUUUCAAUUUAUAGGUUCCCCUCUCUUUUUCCUUGCAAUUUAUAGAAGAAAUUGGUUUAUUCAUCUUAUGGUUUCAGCCUGGGGUUUGCUGAUUACGUCCCUAUGGUAUCAUUUAACAUAUUCCUCUGUCCAAAAAUUCCUUUCAAAAUAUAUAUUUAAGUAAAAUAUUGACUAAAAAGUCGUAUAGGUAGUAUGUGAUUUUGGCAAAACUGUAAAGAUGAUGGGUAUUGGUUUGGAGGGAAACACUGUUCUAAACUGUCCCUUAUGUGCAGUAUGAAUCCUCACAUCACCAUGAAUGCUUUCUCUUCAAUCAAACCCUCAAAUCCUGUGUGGAAACCAUUAAGGAUUUGUAAGGUGAGCAGCCCCCCCCUCCACAAACUUCUGAGUACAGAGAUUGAGGUACCUCUGGCUGAUUCCUUCAGGAUGUGGGCUGGCCAGACCUCCUCCAGACCCACAUCUGACUGCCUAUCUUUGUCCACUUUCCCGUUCGUUAACAUCUCUGUUAGGAGCUGGCCUUCAAAUUAAAGGCGAAAUGUAAGUCUGACCACUUUGUGUCUUAGAAGUGCUAAAAAGGGUUAGUGCAAUAAAUUUCUACAGUACAUUUUUAAAUAUCAGUUUUAUUUUUUCCUAAUUGAUGCAGAACAUAGCUUACUGUAACAUCAAGUCUUAGGGGAAAAAAAGAAAAUCAGAAAGCAAAACCAACCCCAAACAAACAUAACACACAACCAUGCACGACAUAAUCUGGCAACAGUCUAGGCUUAGAAAUUUAAGAAACUUGGAAGAGGAAUAAAAUAUUCAACUUUUGUUAGUUCUGUCCUUGGACUUAAAAGAGUAUUUGGUAUGAAAACUUUUUGUUUGUAAGUUGAUGGCUGUAUUAUUUAAGGGUACAGGGAGACUCAAAGAGGAGCCUAGCUCAUUGAGAGAGAGGCAUUACUGAUAAAGGGAGAAGAGCUUGUGUACACUUGGCAAGACUAAGGGGUUUUUGUCUGAAAUCUGUCUGUGUAUGAUGGCUAAUGAUACAUGCUUAUUACCUUCACUCAUAAAGGUAGAAGCAGUGCUAUUAUGGUCUUAUCUACUCUGUACAACUCAUACAUUGUGGACAUUAGCAGAAUGACAAAGGAGCUCCCGGUUGAUGAAGCCUCCUACUGAGCCAUGACUGCACCAGAUCUGCGCCUGCACCCAUGCCCAAAAAAUCUUCCAGAAAGUUCGUUGGUGCUUAAAAGGCCCUAAGGGAAGAGAACCUUUUCUCACUGUUUCCCUCCUCUUUAAGGAAGUGAGCUCCUGCAAAAUACAAGGGGGCGGGUAACAAGUAAAGAACAGAUCUAUGUUUUUAUCCUGUUCUUUUAUGGUAUUGUUUCUAGAAGACUUGGUAAACUGUCUUUCCUAUGUUCUUUUAGAGAAAUGAGCAUACUAUAGAUAUGCACCUAUUAAAAAUUAAAAUGUUUACGAGUGUUUUUUUGGCAUGAGAGCUUUUAAAAGAUUACAAAAUAUAUACUUAAAUGCUUGACUCCAGAAGUUUUAAGACAGAAGGGUUUAAUAAAAAAAUAAAUAAGUAUACUAUAUUAAUGAUCUGAGUGUGAACAAUAGCAAGGACUAGAAAUUACCAAGAGAAACAAGAGGAACUAGAUAAAAAAAAAAAAAAAAAAAA